UUCUCCGACUCCAGUCGCGGGAUUGUAGUGAUCCCCACGGACCAGGACAACUUGGCUCUGGCAGCCAUCAUAACUGUGGCUCUCCAGUUGGCCGUCUAUCUGGUGGCUUGCUCGUGCAAAUUCGACUACAUCACCGACUUUGCCGGCGGAACGAACUUUGUCAUUUUGGCAGUGGUCUCAUUUGGCCUCAGCGAUUAUAAUGCCAGACAGAUCAUCAUUACGGUGCUGGUCAUUCUGUACGGAGUAAGGCUGGCAGGUUACCUCUUGCUGCGCAUCCUCAAGACGGGGAAAGACCAACGCUUCGAUGGCAUUCGAGAAAACCCGCUCAAAUUCCUCGUUUUCUUCAUCUUGCAGAUAUUCUGGGUGUACAUUGUGAGCCUAACGGUUCUCUUCGUCAAUUCUCCGUCAGCCCCUCCGGUUGAUAUUGGACCGUCGGACAUUGUGGGUGCCGUUCUGUUUCUCUUUGGUCUUGUUUACGAGGCAGUCGCCGACCAACACAAGUACAUGUUUCGUAACAACCCUAAUAACAGGGGCAAGUUCAUCAAGAGUGGGCUGUGGGCGCUGUCUCGCCACCCAAACUACUUUGGGGAGAUCUGCGUGUGGUGGGGUGCCUUUAUCCUCAGUGCCAUCAUUUUACGAGACGCUCGCUGGGUUGCAGUAACCAGCCCUCUAUUCAUCACCUCUCUCCUCGUCUUUGGCUCUGGCAUGCCCACUACUGAACGUAGCUCACACAGGAAGUAUGGAAGUGAUCCAGACUACCAGAAAUAUCUCCAGUCUGUCCCUCCACUGAUACCAUGGAUCCCUCCCCUCUAUCACCUCAGCCCCUACCCUCUCAAACUCCUCUUCUGUUGUGAGUUUCCCUUCUACCAACCCCCAGAGAAAGAGAAGGGAGGGGAAGAUGGUGUGGUCGAUCAGCAGCCUACUAAACAAGCACCCGACGAGACCACUCCCAUUACAUCCCUUCAUAAACAAUUAGCUCAAUCAAAUUUU